AUGGUGAGGAAGAAGAGGCAGAGCAUGGGGAGGCAGAAGAUUGCGAUGAAGAGGAUAGAGAACGAGGAGGCGAGACAGGUGUGUUUUUCAAAGCGGAGGGCGGGGUUGUUCAAGAAGGCCACGGAGCUGUCCAUACUGUGCGGGGCGGAAAUUGGAAUAGUGGUGUUUUCACCGGCCGGCAAGCCGUUCUCAUUUGGCCACCCGUCGCUGGACUACAUAACGAGACGGUUCGUCGGCGGAGGGCCGGCGGUGGUGGGGCAGUUGUGUGGGAGCUUCGUUGAGGGUGAGAAGUUGCAGCUUCUCAACCAAGAGCAUGCGGGGCUGAUGGAGAAGUUAGAGGAGGCGAGGAGGAUAAGGGCAGAGCUGGAGGCGGACAUUGCAGCCCAGCCGGUCGGGCCGGGCCUACCGUGCGACGUGGAGGUACAUGAAAUGAGUUUAGAGGAGCUAGACAGCUUCCAGAAGGCCCUAGAAGAGCUGAGACGGAAGGUUACGAACAGGCGCGAGGAGCUCGAUAUUCAAUCCAUGGAUACAAAAAUGAUAAGGCCCAUCGUUCCGCCGCGAUUGGGCUACGGAGGUGGUUAUUUGGGCGGGUAUAAUGGGCUGUAUUUGACGUCGGGUCCGGCCGGCGGGUUUUAUAGGCAUAGGCCGGAUUUGACCGUUGGAUUUCCGGUCUGGCGAUAA